GUUAACGCGCUCGAUCGGAAGUAUCGAAGUAUCACGUUAAUGCGUCCCGGGUUAGUUUUACUUUCGACACUUUGUGCUGCGUGUCCAGGUGUAAAGGAAACUGCAGGAGGCGACGCACUGGGGACACGUCCGAGCGCCCGUUGGACCUGAUUUCAUUUUGAAAGUCAAACAGCUUAGGAGAAAUCAUGUUUUUUCUCCUUGUUCUCAGCGGCAUACUCGCGUGCACAGGAAACGUUGCCGAUGCCUCCUGCGAGCUGAAGGUGACCCCGCCCAGAGUGGUGGUGAGAUAUGGAAGCCCUUUAUUGGCGACUUGCAGCUCAACCAGUGACAUCGAGGGAGUGGGCUGGGAGUCUUCGUAUGGAGGAACGGGCCUUAUAAAAGACGUCUCUUCCUUGGCCCUGAACAUCUCGUCUGUGGAGACAUGGGAGUUGGAGCCCCAGUGUUACGCCAGCCUCCGCAGUGAUGGAUCACAGUGUUUAGAAAAAUUACCAGUCACAGUUUACAAACUGCCAAAGAGUGUGUCUCUGUCUCAGCCCUCCGGUGGCGGAGGCCCCAUGGUGGAGGGCCAGCAGUAUAAGAUCAACUGCUAUAUUGCUAAUGUUGCGCCACGGAAAAAUCUGUCUGUAAAUUGGUACAAAGGCAAUACGAUCUUCCAAAUUGACAGAUUUCGUGAGGCCAGUCUUUCUCCAGACGAUAUAUCGUCUGAGAUAAGUAUAACUGCCCACAGAAACGACAGUGGGGCUGACCUCUGGUGCGAAGCGAAGUUGACCUUCAAAUCAGUAGAACAGAAUCCACCUCCAAUGUGUUCACAAUCCAAGAAAUUGAAUGUUCUUUACCCAACAACUUUCCACGCACCCUCGAAUGAGACAGUGGAACUUAUCGCUGGUGAGACAACAAGUCUAAACUGCGCAGCCAUGGGAAAUCCCACGCCUGUCUAUCGGUGGGGCUUUCCAGAACCCACUCAGGACACAAACAAGCAGCGGGACAUCGGCGGGCCCGUUCUGACCGUCCGGGAUCCAGGGACCUACUCCUGCACAGCCUCCAACUCCCAGGGAAGCAGCACCAAAUACUUCUCUGUGGUCCAGACCUCAGGUGAUCGGACAACGUUUGGAGUCAUCGUCGGAGUGGGUGCGGUCGUGGGAGUCCUCUUCCUCUUAUUAGGUCUGUUUUUUUUUGUGACACCGAAUGGCACAUUUUCUUUCAACAAAAGCGGCUACAUCAGAGGACAAACUACCUCAGGUCCCCUUUACCCCCCACCCCUAAAAGUCAGCUGGGAGGGAACUGUGUUUUGUUCCAACAUAGUUCCCUGCAGAGUUGCCAAGGUUGUUCAAGUUGGAAUGUUCUUUCUCUCGCCCCUGAAUCGACAACUCUGUGCAGAAAAUAACAUGGGGACCAACUUUCUGAGAUGGAUUCUCUUGUUUUGCACGCUUUCUUCAGUGUCAGGUGAAGGUUGCUCCCUCGUCCUCAAGCCCUCCAGGGUGGUGGUGGGUUUUGGGGAGCCGGUGUCGGUCAGCUGCGAAGCCACUCGGCCGGUGCGCGUCCUGGGCUGGGAGUCCGCCAUCAGCGCCUCGCACACGCAAGAGGACCGGUCCGUCCAGUGGAAGGUGGACAGUCUCAUAGACUGGAUAGAGGAGCCCAUCUGCUACGGGGUGUUUUUCACAGCUCCGAGGCAAUGCGAGGAGAAACUGAACCUCGUCCUCUACAAAACUCCAGAUAGUGUGUCCAUCAAGCAAGUGAACCACACAGGGUCCAUGAUUGAAGGGAAAGAGUACCAGCUGCUCUGUGAGGUGCAGAACAUUGCUCCCGUUCAAUACCUGACCCUGAGAUGGUACAGAGGCCAAACCGAAGUUUAUAACCACUCCUUCUCCGAUCUUACAUCUUCCUCGCCCGUCCAAGUGUCCUCUAUCCUUGUGGUCACGCCAACCAAAGCUGAGAAUGGAGCUCAGUAUAAGUGCGUAGCAGAGCUGGAGCUCGGACCAGAGGGACCACAACCGCCUCCCACUGUGGCCUCCGAGCCGCUUAAUGCUUCUGUGUACUUUCCUCCCACCUUCCUCAGUCCCGAACCAGAGGUUUUGGACUUUGUAGCCGGAGCUGAGGUCACCUUAAACUGCACCGCUACAGGAAACCCAGCUCCCGUGUACAGCUGGCAGUCCUCCAGUCCCAUGCAGGAGAGGAUGGAGGAGGAGGCCGUUGUUACCUCUUCCUCGCUGCUCCCAGGGACCUACACCUGUACAGCCUCCAACACGCUGGAGAAGAAGAGCAAGCAGUUCACCGUCAAGGCACAGACCAAAGGUGUUUGAGACAUAUCUGAUGACCAGAUCAUUCCAACACACAAGAAAAAUUCCACUUUGAGGGUUUCUGCCACUGCAUCUUUGAGGAUGAAAAUGACAAUUCCUUCAAGACUUAAUGGAUAUUUAUAAGAAUCUUAUUCUCUUAUUACCAGUUUUAGAUGUCAUAGAGGAAAAAGACUUGAAUACAUUUUGUUUGGUAACUGCCAUUAAAUCUGUCAUUGUUGGAUUAGAAUAUAGUUCAGUUUAUGCUUUCCACAUGAUAUUCUAUAUCUAAUUUAUAUUUUUACAGGACCUCUUUUCCUAUUAAUGAAACUUUCAUGUAACAUUGCAGAAAUGUAGAUUAUCAUCCACAAUUAGCAGAAAUGCAUCAAUGUAAAUAUGAACUGUUUCUUAAUUUUCUUAUCUUUAUCAAUAAAAAUUAAUUGAAAACUU